AUGAGUCAAGCACCGCCAUUUAUCUCUUGGGAAACUGUAGGAUAUUUUUUCCUUAUUGGUAUACCUGUUUUGGCAAUCUACGGCUUUAUCCUCAUGCUUUCGACCGAGGACGGACGGGAGAUACUGUGCGGACGUUACACGGCAACCAUCCGCCCUGAGCGCGCUAUGAAGGACAAUUACUCUUCUGUGCCCGUUGAUCCUCCUGCGUACGACGAGACAUCUGUGAAAAACGACCUCCCUGUCAAUGAUGACCUUCCUGUGAACGACGACCCUCCUAUGUACGACGGUACUCCUGCGAACAGUGGUCUUCCUACAAACCAUAGCCAUGCAAUCGGUUCUUACCCUAUAUACUAUUACGUUCCCAUAUAUUAUUAUGUUCCCGCAUACAAAAAUAUUCCCCCACACAACACUCUAUAUACGAGACUCUACCGGACGACAAGCUCCCCACGACAGGAACCCCCCAACAUCCACGAAUCUUCCCCAUGGAGUACACACUGA